CAGGCGAGUCUGAUGUUAGUUUACAAAGAGAGGGAGCCGCACCCUGCCACACAGAAACCAGGAGGCUCUUGCUGUGGAUGGAUCUUGUCUUCAGGUUGCUGUAUCCAUUUCUCUUUUACUGAAGACUUCUGCUCUUCCGCCGCAAAUCCAUGGAGUCUAUUUUUGGGGCUACACUGUUCCUGAUACUAUUGACUGCAUCAACAGCCCAGGAUGGUUGCAGUUGUCAAACAAAUAAAUUGACUAAUUGUAACCAAGUUUCUACCUGUGAAUGCACAGCAAUAGGUUCAAAUCAGCCAGUGGACUGUUCUAGACUAACUUCAAAAUGUUUACUGAUGAAAGCAGAAAUGUUCCGCAAAACGGGCAGGGCUUUCCAUAAACCAGAAGGUGCCUUUCUGGACAAUGAUGGACUUUACAACCCUGACUGUGAUGACAAUGGCAACUUCAAGGCAAGGCAAUGCAACCAGACAGACACUUGUUGGUGUGUGAACUCUGCUGGAGUAAGAAGAACUGACAAGGGGGAUAAAAGCAUGAAAUGCACCGAGCUUGUCAGAACAAACUGGAUCUUCAUUAAUCUGAAACACAAAGAGAGAGAAACUCCCUUCUCCAAGCUUGAACUGGUGAACAGUCUCCGGCAGUUAAUUCAGAACAGAUACACGCUCCAUCAAAGUUACAUCACAGCUAUUGAGUAUGACCCCCCAGUCAUCCAUAUUGACUUGAAGCAGAAUGCUACCAAGAAGGAUGUUGGAGAUGUCGAUAUAGCAGAUGUAGCCUAUUACUUUGAAAAAGACAUCAAGGGUGAAUCUUUUCAUCGUGGGAUUUUUAAUCUCUCUGUCAGUGAAGAACCUCUUGAUGUUGAAGAAAUCCUUAUCUACUACGUUGACGAAAAACUACCAGAGUUCUCUAUGAAACGCUUGACACCUGGGAUCAUUGCAGUGGUGGUCGUGGUCAUCUUGGCCAUUAUCAUUGGAAUUACUGUACUUGUGAUUACCAGGCGGCGGAAUUCUGGCAAGUACAAGAAGGUUGAGAUUAAGGAGAUGGGGGAAAUGAGAAGCGGACAAAAUUCAUAGUUGCCUCAAUUUGAAGGCAGAACUGAGACUUUGACGUGGAGGAAAUGGAAGGAAGAUGGCAAGAUGAUUCCAUAUUUU